GAAAAGACCGUACCAAUUCCUGAAAAACUGAAUGAAUGGGCACCACGACCUCCCCCGGAGUUCGUUAGAGAUGUGAUGGGUUCCAGUGCUGGAGCUGGGAGUGGAGAGUUUCAUGUGUACCGGCAUCUUCGGCGGCGAGAGUACCAGAGGCAAGAUUUCAUGGAUGCCAUGGCUGAGAAGCAAAGACUAGAUGAGGAAUUCCAGAAGAAACUGGAGAGGAAUAAGAUGAUUGCAGAAGAACAAACAGCAAAACGCAGAAGGAAGCGCCAGAAGUUAAAAGAGAAGAAACUGCAAGCUAAGAAAACUAAACUUGAGCAAAAGAAGCAGGGAAAAGAACCUGAUCAAUCUCAAGAGCAAGCCAGCAGCGAGGAUGAUGAAGAGGAUAGCAAGGAGGAGGAAGAGAAGGAAGAUGAUGCUGAAGAGCCAAGUUUUGUGAUGGGAAGAGGAUGAGGCCUUUCAGGGACAGCUGGCAACACUGUUCAUUGCUUUAUCUUCAGGAGCAUGAGAGCCUUUCAUCUCAGCCAAGCAGAACCCCUGGGCAUACAUCGUAUCUGCUUAACGGUGAAUGACCCUCGCGUCACAGGCCCAAGAGAAAUGCCAAAUAGGAGAUUUUUUCUUAAUUGCUUGUUUAACUGCUGUGCAGUCUGCUCUGAGUUUGCUCUGAAGAGUCAGCCACAAGUCUCUGUGACCCUGGAGUUCUUUCUAACAUGGCCCAGAGUGUUUUUCUGUCUGAAAGCUGAAACAUAUCCGUUACCCUUUAAGGAAAAUAUUACUGUGAGGGCUACGUGUUCUGCUUACGUCGGAGCUGGUGGCAGUGGGAUACGUGAGUCCGAGGGAAGAGUUUAACCUCAAGUAGAGAAGUGGGCUGUAGCCAGACUCUCCUGCACUGUGAGCGUUCUGCAUUUGGGGUUUUGUAUGGGGUCAUCUCUAACCCAAAGAAAUCAGUUUAUGUUGCUAGACAAGUUCUAUAGAUUUUUAAGCAGGGUCCCUUUUUUAUUGCUAAAACUUUCCCUAUUACUUUUCUUCCAUGUUUUCUAAAUUAAUAAAGGGGAUGUGUUGGAUU